AUGCAAGACGUGCAAGAGGCGAAAGGUGGCGCUCAAACGGCUGCAUUUUGCGUGGUCAACGGGCAAGGCACGCAUAAGACGGUCUACAAGAAGUCCUUGAGCGAGACUGGAGUGGCGAAAGACAUCACUCGCAGCAUUGCUUCGCGAAGAGAGCCAGAGUGUGUAGGUGCUCGGACCACGCCUGUGCUACCGCAUGAGGACUUUUUCGCACAAGCUCGCAAGAUGGUACCUGGUAUGCUCACGGGAGCGACCAGCGCUGCAGUAGCGCGGCAACAGCUCGCCUCUUUCAUUUUCACAACAAGCCACAUGGUGGGUCGAAGCGAGACGUACCUGCGUAACGCAUGGCAACGUUGUCUCUCGAUAUUCAUCGACUCGCCUAUGAACAUGCUUUCCGGUACUCUGGCAUGUUACCUGGCGUAUAUAGGGCGGAAAGAUGGCCGAUCCUACUUUGUGUCAGCCAGUCGUCAGCUGUAUGCGAAAGGUUUGGCUGAGGUGCAACGAGCAAUCAACUGUGCUGCCACAGCCAUGCGAGAUGAGACCCUGGCGGCGUGUUUUGCGUUGGGGAUGUACGAGGCGAUAGAGCGUCCCGAUGAGAGUGCCAGAGCAUAUCAAAACCACAAUGGUGGCUAUGCUAUACGAGACUGGUGGAAUUGCGAGGCCCUCGUGCCCAUCAGACAGGCGCUGGUCACGAGCUCUUCUUGCAGUUCCGCAUGUCAGGUGUAG